AUGCGUAAACGCAUUGUUUUGACAACCUAGCUUUGACACACGUACAUUAGUUUGUGUGUGUAGCCUCAAAGCUCUUAACGUUUUUUUUUCUUCAAGUAAAUAAGUUUGCCAUCUUUAAGACUUUAACAUUGCGCUAUGUUACAGUUCUUGGCUGGAUUCACCUUGGGCAAUGUUGUGGGGAUGUACCUCGCUCAGAACUACGAUGUACCCAAUAUUGCAAAAAAAAUCGAAGCGUUCAAGAAAGACGUGGAGGCCAAGAAGAAGCCACCUGAGUGACUAACGUGGAGGAUGCUUCCACCAAGAAUAUGCACUCUGCAGAACACCUAUUUAUUUCACAGGGUUGUGCAACAAGCUAGCAUUUGAUAUAAUUCAAAUGUAUGGACGGGGAAUAAUGACAGUGGCUGAAACAUUUGUUACAGCCAGAAAUGUUACAUUACGUAUAUUUCAACUAGAUGGCUGGAUUUAAAAUGUAUACUUUUGGUUUUGUAAAUCCGCUGUGCUACCCGUUUGGCACAUAUCUUAUGAUGACAUGUCAUUAAGAAACAAUUUGAACACAUUCAUCUUCCAAUAAAGUUGCGGUCAUUCCUUUAAA